AUGCGAGUAAGGCAGCAUCAGCAGUCGUGGCGCGGGGCGGGUGGCAGCGGAUGGAUGGAGAGAUGGCGUGGCGUCAUGCCACGCCUGUCGCUCGCCGCUUUCCUUCUAGCCUUGCUACAUCGCCUAGUCGCAGUUUCAGCAGUACCCGUUGCACCCUCUGCAUCUGCGGUGCGGAUAAACUGUGGCAGCAGCGAGCGGGUGGUGGGGAGGGACGGGCGGGUGUGGGAGGCGGACGCUUUCUUCGUGGGCGGCCAGCCGGCGUCCGUGCUGGCGUCCAUGCCGCUCGCCCUCACUCCGGAGCUGCGCUCGCAGCGCGUCUUCCGCGCCAACGACGUCAGCUGCUAUGACAUCCCGCUCUCCCCUGGCCGCUUCAUCGUGCGCCUCGCCUUCGCCUACCACAGCGACACGCUGCCGAGCGCGCAGCGGGACUUGAGCCCUCCGCUGGAGAUGCACAGCGACGAGGGCGUCACCACCUCCUCCCUCUCCGCCUCCAAUGCUCCAGACGCCGUCAGUCACCGCUCCACGGAUUCCUAUGCGCCCCGCCAACCCACCACCGAUCCCAGUGCUCGCCCUGGUGCUUCCACCCCGCAUGCUGUUGCGGUUGAUGGGCAUGGCAGUGCCAUUUCUGCUUCGCCCCAGGACGACGACCGCGUGGGCCAAGGGGGGGCUGUGCACAGCUCUCGCGACAUCGACCCCGCAAACAGGACUCCCAAGGACAAACACAAGGGCCGGUGGCCGCGGUUUGCGGUGCUGGUGGAGGGCGUGCAGAUGGAGACGGUGAGCAUGGCUGGGCACGUGGGGGCGGUGUACGAGCCCGAGUACAUCAUCGACAGCGCUGAUGCCUCUCUCACGCUCUGCUUCCUGCCCGUGUGGGGCCACGCCCUCGUCAACUCCAUCGAGCUCCUCCCUGUGCCCGCUGCCUUCUACCUCCUCCCCUCCGUCGUCCCCCCCAACGCCUUCCUCGCCGUGCGCGCCCGCAUCGACUGUGGCCGCGCCGCCGCCAACGACUCAGGCAACACUGAACCACCUAGCCAAUCAUUGACUGAGGGCGUGGGGACGGCCUUGUCGCCUUCGACGACGAAGGGGAGAGUGAGUGGGGACGUGUGGGGUGGUGUGAGCAAUGGCACGGCGAGGGGGUUUGACCUCUUCAAACAGUCGCUCGCGGCUUCCAUGCUCGCGAUGGCACCAGACGGGCGCGGCCUCAUGGAUGCUGUGGGCAGGCGCUGGGUGAGUGACCUCUCACAGAUCGCUCCCAAUGGCCUGGACCAACCCAUGGGGGUUGCAACCCGAUUUGCAGUGGCGCCCCCAAAGUCUCUUCACACUGCCUUGCCUGUCAGCGGGGCGGGCGAGGCGCCGCUGUUCCUGGCGCAGGCGCUGCUGCAGACGGCGCGCGAGGCGGUGCUGGCGAGCGGGCUGCACUACUCGUUUUCAUUCCGCGUGCCGGCGCGCCUCAACCGCUGGGUGGUGCUGCUGCAUUUCGCGGCGGUGCAGCCGGGGUCGCGCGUGGGCGAGCGUGUGUUUGACAUCCACGUGAACGGCGUGAGUGUGAGCAGCUUUGACAUCCUGCGUGAGGCCCACGGGCAGCACAACCGCCUCGUCACGCUGCCUGUCGUCGUCGGCUUCAGCCGGCCCGCCAUUGGGUCGGCGCCCACGCUGGAGGUGCGGCUGGUGGCGUGCAACGGCAGCAGGCUCAGCCCCCUCAUCAGCAGCAUCGAGGUCAUUGAAGUCGUGCGCGCCAACGUCCCCCGUGAAAACGUCGUCUCCGAGCUUCAAGCACAGCAGAAGACCACAGGGUCGCAAGCCGCCCCUGAAUCUGCUCCUUCUCGUUCCAGUCGCACGGGUGUGGUGGCAGGGGCCAUAGGCGGGGCUGGGGCACUGGUAUUCCUCGGCCUCAUGGUGCCACUCUUGCUUCUCUGGCGCCACCAGCACCGACGGCGCCAUGCCAUGCGCUCACAGCUACUGGAGGAAGGUGCCCUGGACUCUGCAGCAGUGCACUUUGAAGAGGGCAUGGAUGCACCUCAAGCACCGGGUGGUGGAGAGGAAGUUGACGCACUUGUGGAUUCAGGGGAGGGGUUGGAGGAUCUUGAUAGAUAA